AUGAGCGAUCUCGAUCGCGCGAUAGCGCAACUGCGCGCAUGUCGCCCAAUACCGGAGCCCCAAGUCCGCGAACUCUGCUACAUGGCACGCGAGCUGCUCAUUGAAGAAGGCAACGUCGUCACAGUCGACGCCCCAGUGACAAUAUGCGGCGACAUACACGGCCAAUUUCACGACCUGAUGGAACUCUUCCGCGUGGGCGGCGAUGUACCAGAUACGAACUACCUCUUCAUGGGCGACUUCGUCGACCGGGGCUUCUACUCCCUUGAAUCCUUCCUCCUACUCCUCUGCCUCAAGGUACGCUACCCAGACCGCAUAACACUCAUUCGCGGCAACCACGAGUCACGACAGAUCACAACCGUCUACGGCUUCUACGACGAAUGUAUUCGCAAAUAUGGCUCCGCCAACGUCUGGCGCUACUGCUGCGAAGUAUUCGACUACCUCGCCCUGGGCGCUCUCAUCCUCGGCGCUACAACCGACGUCCCCUCCGGCGGCGCCAACGGCGCAUCCUUCAUCGACACUCAAACCACCCUUCCCAACGACGACGGCGACCAAGAAAUCGAAUGCGAAGCGGCAAUACGGCCACCCGCCUCAUUACCCAACGGCUCGUCCUCGAACAACACCAUCACUCACCGCGGCUCGCCAGGCGCAGAUGGCUCCUCACCCCACGCUGCCUCAGCAGCGCUCUCCUCACCAACCUCAUCCCCCAACGGCAUCGCCCCCUCCGCACCAACCGGCUCCCUCUUCACCCCACCUCCAACCACAACCGGCGCUAUCCUCUGCGUCCACGGCGGCCUCUCCCCGCUAAUCGACACGGUCGAUAAAAUCCGCCUGAUCGACCGCAAGCAAGAAGUGCCCCACGAGGGCGCCAUGUGCGACCUACUCUGGUCCGACCCAGACGAGAUCGAAGGCUGGGGUCUAUCGCCUCGCGGCGCGGGGUUCUUGUUCGGAGCGGAUAUUGUCCGGCAUUUCAACCACAGUAAUGAUCUAAGUAUGAUUGCGAGGGCGCACCAGUUGGUGAUGGAGGGAUACAAGGAGAUGUUUGAGAAGACGAUUGUGACGGUUUGGAGCGCGCCGAAUUAUUGCUAUCGGUGUGGGAACGUGGCUGCGAUAUUGGAGUUGGGGGAGGACGGUGGGAAUGGUGGCUGCGUAGCACGCGCAAACGGCGAGCAAGGGAGGCGAGAGCCUGUGGGUGGCGGCAUGUUGAGCAACGGCGGCAGCCAACAAGUUGACGGCGCAAAUGGAAAUGGCAGUACUGGUGGGAACAGCACAGUGACGUGGAAUCUGGCCGCGCCGGGGAGGAGGUACAGAGUGUUUGACUGCGCGCCGCAGAAUGCUAGGGGAAUGCCAGCGAAGAAGCCGGUGGGCGAGUAUUUCUUGUGA